GGUCGACGCUUCAUCAAUCCACAAUCAGCGGACACAUGGAAACCUCAACGGCGUCGUUCCGAUCCCUUGGCAGCUUCAGCAGCGACCGCAUCGAUUCGGCGCGGUUCUCCCGCAGCAACACGAUAGCCGCCGAUGAAUACCGUUUGGGCGAGAUCAUUGAAAAUAAUAAUAAUUAUGAUAAUGGAAUAACAAUAUCUGGAAUGCUGUACAAAUGGGUGAACUACGCUCGAGGGUGGAGGCCACGGUGGUUCAUUCUCGAGGAUGGUGUCUUGUCUUAUUACAAGAUGGAGACACAUAACCUGCUUCUCACCCCCUCCGCCGCCAAGAUCGUCGGCCAAGAGUCUCUCCGUCGCUUCCCCGCCGAUAUCCGUUGCACUUCCCGCCAAUCCCAACCCCAACCGGAACAACCCCUUGGCCAGUUCCAUCUCAGGGUGUGUACGGCACGAGAGAACAAAUCAGAUGGGAAGAGGUUUUGUGUGUACACGGGGACAAAGAAAAAGAUCCAUUUGAAGGCAGAAAACAAGGAGGACCGUGCAACCUGGCUCGAGGCCCUGCAGGUCGUCAAGAACAGCACCAUUCAUAAUAGUAAUACUUUUUUUUCUCCUCGUUCUUCUUCGUCAGUGGUGGUUACCACCCACAGGUUGAGGCAGCGCCUCUUGGAGGAGGGUCUUACUGAGGCUGCUAUCCAGGACAGUGAGGACAUUAUGAGAACUGAGCUAUCACAUGUUCUCAAUAACAAUCACUUGCAUGUAUUGGACACGACAGAAGAUAUUGACUUGGAAAACCCACACAUUAAAAGCAAAAGUCAGAACUCAAGGGAUGAUGCCAAUUCCUAUCGAACCACAUAUGACAAUAACAGUGAAGGAAGUGUUAGUGACCGUGAUGCAUUCUUUGAUACGUUUGAUAUUCUUUCAACAUGUUCUGAGAGUAGCACUGGAUUUCGGCCUUAUAGAUUCAGCCUUGAUUUGGAACAUGAGGAUGUUAGUCGACGAAAGAAGUUACCUGAUCCUGUUGAAAAAGAUAAAGGAGUCAGUUUGUGGUCAAUAAUAAAGGAUAAUAUCGGGAAGGACCUUACAAGAAUCUGUCUGCCGGUUUAUUUCAAUGAACCCCUCUCUUCAUUGCAGAAAUGUCUUGAAGAUUUGGAGUAUUCUUACCUUCUAGACCAAGCAUAUGCUUGGGGCAAAAUGGGUAACAAUGUCAUGAGGAUGAUAUGUGUGGCUGCAUUUGCGGUUUCAGGGUAUGCUUGCACUGAUGGCAGGACUUGCAAACCAUUCAAUCCACUCUUGGGUGAGACAUAUGAGGCAUUGUACCCAGAAAAAGGCAUUCGCUUUAUAUCUGAGAAGGUCAGUCAUCACCCAAUGAUAUUAGCAUGCCAUUGUGAGGGAAGAGGAUGGACAAUUUGGGGUGACAGCAAUUUAAAAAGUAAAUUUUGGGGUCGUUCAAUUCAUCUUGAUCCUGUUGGUGUAAUAACUUUGCAGUUUGAUGAUGGUGACGUCUUUCAGUGGAGCAAGGUAACAACAGCAAUUUACAACCUCAUAUUAGGAAAACUCUAUUGUGACCAUUAUGGUACAAUGAGGAUAAAGGGGAACCGCGAUUAUUCUUGUAUGCUUAAAUUCAAGGAGCAAUCAAUCAUUGAGAGAAACCCGCACCAGGUACGAGGAGUAGUGGAAGAUAAGGAAGGCAAAAAAGUGGCAACUGUGUAUGGAAAAUGGAAUGAAAGCUUGCAGUAUGAAAUUUUAGAGAAUUCUAGAAAAGGAGAAGUAGAAGGGUCUAAUGAGUCAUCAAAAUCACAUCUAAUAUGGAAGAAGAGUGAGCCUUCCGAGUACCAAACAAGAUAUAACCUUACCAAGUUUGCUAUUACACUAAAUGAAAUCACACCUGAACUAAAGUUGCCACCAACCGAUUCAAGAUUAAGACCUGACCAAAGGUGUUUGGAGAACGGAGAGUAUGAAAAGGCCAAUGCUGAGAAGUUGCGUUUGGAACAAAGACAACGGCAGGCAAGGAAGGUGCAAGAAAAGGGUUGGAAGCCAAGGUGGUUUGCUAUGGACAAAAAUAGCCAUACAUACUGUUAUGUUGGUGGAUACUGGGAAGCUAGAGAAAAGGGCAACUGGGAAGCAUGCCAUGACAUUUUUGGCCAACUACCUACUAAUGAUACUGAUACUGAUAUUGAUAAGUGAUAAUCAUGACCCGAAACACUAAUUCCCAAGUCAAUUUUCCUGUGAUCCUUCCCUACUCUACCUUCCUUAAUCCUAGGCAUAUUUAUAAUCAUUGCUUUAGUAAUUUAAAGAGGCAUGAUUGAUUAAUGCCUAGCUAUGAAUAUAGGUAAUUUUGAGUGCACAUAUAUAUAGUGGCUAAUCAAUUCCAACUGCAACUUUUUUCGCAGUCAAAAGCUCAAA